AUGGAGCUACAGCAGCGCAACGACGACAACGGUAGCAGUCGACCCACGGUUGCAAAUGAUACGUUUCAAAAAAUUAUCGGAUCAUUCGGCAAAUAUCAGUUUUGGCUCGUGUGUCUUAUAAUCGUGGCAAAAUUCCCCGUAGCUUCCCAUCAAAUGGCUAUAAUCUUUUUGGCCCCGAAAACAAGUUACGUAUGUCAAGAUACGAAUGCUGAAACGUGUCCAUGUGCGAAUCCAAUAUACGAUACUUCGAUAUUUAAUAGCACCAUAACAACGGAAUGGAACCUUAUAUGCGAACGAAAGUGGCUGACAAGUUUUACGCAAACGUUGUUUCAAUUGGGCACCUUACUCGGCAGCAUUAUUUUUGGAAUGGCUUCAGACAGAUUCGGAAGGAGGCUACCUCUACAAAUAUCAGUCCUUAUGCAAGUGGUAAUGGGAAUUGCGGCGGCCUACACUCCAGAUUUCUGGACAUUCACGUUUAUCCGGUUCUUUAUUGGCAUGUCCGUUGGUGGCGUCAUGGUGACAACUUUCGUAAUAAUCAUGGAGUUUGUCGGACCCGAACAUCGUGACGUGUUGUCUGCGUUGUAUCAAGUGCCAUUCAAUUUGGGGCACGUCCUGUUGCCCGUUUGGUCCUACUACCUCAGGGACUUCUCGGAUUUCCAGCUCGGUAUCUCUGUACCGACGAUCCUUUUGCUGGUCUACUUUUUCCUGAUACCGGAAUCUCCACGAUGGCUGAUAGCUGUGAAUGAGACAGAAAAAGCAAUAGAGAUUUUAGAAAAAGUCGCCAAAGUAAACAAACGGUCGGUGGACGUUCGCAAAGAAGUUGAAACUUAUCAGAAAAAACUAAUGGAAAACAACACUAAGAGGGGAACCGUCAUAGACCUAUUCUUAACGCCAAACCUCCGGAAGAAUAUAAUUUGCAUGGCGUUUAAUUGGCUGAGCUGCAGUUAUUGUUUCUACGGGGUAUCGCAGUAUGUUGGACAGUUGAGCGGCAAUGUGUUCGUUAACGUGGCCUCAAGCGCGAGUGUCGCACUAAUCGGCAGUUUCUUAUCAAUACCGCUGAUGAAGCUGAUGGGGCGGAAGACAAUUGUGAUACUGUUCAACUUCAUCUGUGCUCUUUGCUUGUUAUUAUUAUGCAUCGUCCCCGAAGGCGUGGGCUCUGUCGUGUGCGCGUGCAUUGGCGUCGUCUCGAGCUUCAUCGCUUUCGUAGUCGUUUAUUUGUACUGUUCGGAGCUAUUCCCGACCGUCGUUCGCAAUGCGGCGCUCGGUUUCUCGUCCAUGAUGGCGCGUGUCGGUUCUAUGAUCGCGCCUUUUGUCGUGGAAAUGGGGGACAUAGCGGGCUGGUUGCCGCCGCUAGGGUUCGCUGUCGUGCCGCUAAUAGCCACUUUGGUCACGUUCCUCCUGCCCGAGACGAAGGGCUGCACAUUGACGACAACGAUCGACGAGGGCGAAAACUUCGGCAAGAAGUCCGAUGACAAAAUAUCAAAGCCGUCCGAUAAUGUCGAG